CAUUGUGUUAGGGUUUGGCAAGAAAGCUGGGUGGCGCCAUCCCUUAGGCUUUGUUUAGAUUAUAAAAUAAAGAGUGGAGUAUAAGUUAACUUCCUUAACCUCCUCACUUGCCUCUUUAAAAUCUCAAUCCAAGCAAACCCUAAAUCUUCCCUAGUUUGAGUCUUGUUCGAUUCGUUCACCAUGUCCGAGAUCUAUUCGUUCAAAUCUGGUGGUAAGACAGAGAAGUGGCGGCCUCGUAGCGGAUUUUGUGUAGCCAUUGCUGGAAAAGGUUUCUGUGUCGUCGCAGCGGAUCAACCUAUAAGGGACCAGAUUGAUGACUCCAUAAUCUAUGAUAUUCUAGCGGACAAAUGCGUGCUGGCCUCUUCAUUGAAACCAGCUGACUGGAGAGAGUUAAAAGUUUGGAUAAAUCUCAAGAAAACGGUAUAUGAGGAAUUUGGCAAGGAAUUGAGCAGCCAUUUAAUGUGUAUUGUGAUGUACAAAGAACUCUUUGUUAAGGAUUUCUACAGGGAGGCUUCUUUUAAUGUGUUGGUGGCCUCGAUGAUGAAGGAUGAUGUGCCAUCACUUUCAGAAGCUCAGGCGGUUGAUUUGGUCGAAAAGGUUUCCCGCUAUGCUAUAGGGAAGGAUUUCUAUGCGGGGAAGAAGUUUGAAAUUGUUGUUAUGAAUGCUGCAAAUGGUAUUUCUCGGAAGGUUCUGCACAUCGAGGGUAAUUGAUGAUGAACAUUAUUUGUACCCCGUUUUUUACUAAGUACACCCCAUUAAGCCUUUAAAAACACACUAGAGUGGGGUGUAUUUGGUAAAAAAUAAAGUGUAAAUAAUGUUUAUCUAAUUGAUAUGUAGAAGGAAAAGAGCUGGAGGUUUAUGUUUGGUGUAAUAUGUACGUUUGCAAUCAACUCUUUUGGUUGUUAGGAUAUUUAAAUGGCUUAUGGAUUGUAUUAAAGCUUUUGCAUGAGUCCAGUUUGAUUUGC